GAAAUGAUUGUGGCACAGUUCCCCGUGUGCGAGAGUGUACACACCGGGGUCCGGGGAAUUUAACAUCUUGAAUAUUUUGCCAAGAUUUUUGUUAUGCAUUGUCGAAGUGAAUUGGCAAUUUACGUCAGCUCUGUGGGUAACGUUGUUUCUACAGAGAUGUACUGCAUGAUCCUUACAAAAGGAGGGAGAGUGGAGAAGAAUUCCUCAGGCGGUGGGGAGACUCCUGCAGAGCCCUGAAGAACAUUUCAGAGGAACUUGACAGGAACAUUUGCAUUGAUGGACAUCUAGUGUGUGCCUGUAACUCAGUGCCUCCGUUAAAGAUGGGCUCUGAUGGGUCAGCUCUGCACUGGAUCGGACUGUGGCAAAGAUGUGUGUUGUCAUGGUGAUUAUUCAAGCUAAAACACUGGAAAAGAAGGGAGCUGAUGAUGUAACAUCCAAAGAUUCAAACUUCGAGCCGUGUGAGACAGUGACCAUGAGCCAGGGGGCAGCUCUCUUCUCCUGUGGAAUCAUGGAGUCAAGCAGGUGGUGUGAGAUGGGCAGGGGCUGUGGCAUCCAGCAGCGGCCAGUGGGCUCCAGCCUGGAGAGCCUGUGGGACGCCCUUCCUGAGAGCUGCCAGAGCCUGACCGCUACCCCCUGGGGCACCUCCGGCACCAUCAGCAACCUGCUCCAGGAUCUGAGUCUGAGCGAAAGUAGCCCUGCGCACGUGCUUUCUACUGCCCCGCCCAGCAAGCGCCAGUGUCGCUCCCUCUCCUGCUCCGACGAGCUGGCCGCUGGCUGCCGCUCUCCGUGGCGACCCCAGGGCUCGCGCGUCUGGACGGCGGUGGAGAAGCGGCGCUGUCACAGCGGCGGCAGUGUGGCCCAGAGGACUGGGCACUCGGGCGCGGCGGCUGGAGCCUCGUCCAGCUUCCUUGGGAUGCAGCGCAGCUCCAGCUUCAGCCUGCCCACGCGCUCCAAUGGCCUGGAGCUGCCCUGCUUCGGCGGCAGCCUCGCCUUUCCCUCGGCCUUCACGGGCCUCCUGGCCUCCCCCACCUCCCCGUCCUCCUCGCCCUCCAAGCCACCCUGCCCACUCUACCUCUCUCACGAGCAGAUCUGCCUCCCAGAGCCCCAGGGCCACGUCGAGGCCUGCUCCUCCUCAGACUCCACCCCGGAGUUGGGCCGCCGCGGCGGGCAGAGUGGCCUGGCACGCAGCCGCUCCCAACCCUGCGUUCUGAAUGACAAGAAGAUUGGAGUCAAGCGCCGCCGACCAGCCGACUCUCACAAGCAGAGGCCCUCUCUGGACCUGGCCAAGAUGACGCAGAAACUUCGGAACUUCCACAGCCUGAGCUGCCCUGGGAUCACUGGGGAGGACGCAAACCCUGUCCCGCCCGCGCUGAGCAGUAGCCACCAGUACGAGACCGCCUUCGCCUCGGUGGGCGACCAGGGCGAGGAACCUCGCUGCCGCUCAGAGGGGCAGUGCCAUGCGGAGGAUGACUCCUCUGCUGACGACCAGGACGCAGACCCACCUGGCUGUGGGCACCUGAACUCAGGGACGACCAAUGGGAAGGAGCGUGAGCCCUUGUGGGCGGGGUUGUGCGAGAGUAGGCGCGAUGUAUAUCAGCUGGGUGGAGAGUUGGACAUUGAGCAAAUUGAGAGGAACUGACAAGGCGGAGUGACGGACUCAUGAUGUUAUACUUUGACCAAGAGGGACCUUGGACAGUCGAAGACUCAUUGGCAUGAGUUCUUGGGGCAGUGGGGACUUCAACACUUGAAUGUGCAGGACUUGACUUGACGUUGGGGUAGUAAACUGCAUUAGCCAGGGCCCAGGGGUUAACUGUGUUCUUGCCCUGGCUGUGUGACUUCUAGGGACCAGGUGCUUGCUUUACUCUACUCAUAUGGGGACAGGAGAAGGGAGGUGGCUGAGUAUGGGAUAUGUAGGCCCAUUUAUGUAAAGGCUGGUCAUGUGUGUGUGUGUGUGUGUGUGUGUGUGUGUGUGGUGAGAGAGGGAGGGAGUGUGUGUGUGUGUGUGGGGCGUGUGUGAGUGUCUCGUUUUUAUGGGGGGUCCACAAAGACUUGAGCUCAUUUUAUCUGGCUGUCCCCAAUGUUUCCAGCAGUGAGGGUGUUCUCAAGUGAUGGGAAGUGCACACAGGAGAAUAUUUCCUAAAUCAGAAAGUUAAGCAAAACUCACCACACCCACUGGCCCUUCAGCAGUAAAGUGGUUUCUUCCUAUGGGUGUGUGUGUGUGUGUGUGUGUGUGUGUGUGUGUGUGUGUGUGUGUCUCCGUGCGCACACUCUGACGGCCUCCUUUAGCCUGAACAGCUUGCAUACUGGGUGUGGAGAGAAUGAGGUUUAUAUAAAUGACGAUUCCUCCAGAAGUAUGCAGGCAGAUGAUGAGCUGUUUGGAGAAAUCUGUUGACAUAGCACUGAGAUUGUUUGUUUGAUGUGAUUGUCAAAAAUAAGAUGCAUGUAGGCAUCUAAGCAUACACACAGGCAUACACACAAACAUAUUUGUGUGCAAAAUAAAUGGGCUUCACAUUUCACCAGUAAUAUCAGGCUGUCUUUUAUCAUUCACCUCCACUGUUGGAACAAGCUAAUAGAGUUUUAUUUUAUUUUCUAAAUACAGUUUAUAACAUCAAGAGGAAAGUGUACAUAUAUAUUGUUACAUAAUAAACACCAUUGUAAAUGUG